AUGGUAUCAAAUGAAAAUAAAAAUAAAAUUAAAUCUCAAAGUCUACAAAAUCACACACAAACCCAAAAUCAUACAUCACAACUUUAUUUAUAUACAUCCCAUAAUAAUUUUAAAAAUAUAAUCAAUAAUCGCCAACCAAAUCAAAUAUCUUCAAGUAAUUGUAAUGGGAGUGAAUUUACAAAAACGAAUUUUAAUAAAAUUAAUAAUAAUAAUAAUAAUAAUAAUAUUAAUAAUAGUGUAAAAAAUCGAAUAAAGGAAAUUGAAAAUAAUAUUAUAACUCAAAAUAAUUUUAACACCAUUAAUAAUAUAAAUUUUUUUACUAAAAAUAAAAAAUCAAACUCACUCCCAUUAAUCCAAGACCCAAUAUCAACAAAUUCUGACCCCACCUUAUAUUUAUUUUUUAAAAAAUCUGAUGAAUUAUUAAAUUAUUCAAAUUUAUUUAACCCUACAAGUAAUGAAAAUAAUGAAAAUAAUAUUGAUAGUAAUAAUAAUAAUAAUAAAAACAAUAUAAACAAAGUCCACCUUCCAAGUCAUAGACAUAGCUUGUCAUCUAACUCUGUUAAAAAUAUUAUAAAAGAAUUUGAAAAUCUAAAAUCUCCAAAUUUAUUAUCAAUAAAUAAUAAUAAUAAUGAUAUUAAUAUUAUAAAUAAUAAUAAUAAUAAUAAUAAUAAUAAUAAUAAUGAUAAUGAUAAUGAAAAUAAAAAUAGUAAUAAUUUAAAUAAUAAUAUUAAUAAUAUUAAUAAUAAUAAUAUUAAUAAUAAUAAUAAUAAUAUAAAAAAUAGUAACCUUACAAAUAAUGAAAAUAAUGAAAAUAUUGAAAAUAAUAAUAUUAAUUUACAAAUUAUAAAUGAAAACGACAACGGGUUAAUUAAAAAUUAUAAUCACAAUAUUGAUAUAUGUUUAGUGAGUGACAAUGAUAAUAAAAAUGAAGAUGAUGAAAAAGAUAAUAUAAAUAAUAAUAGAAAAGUAAAUGAAAAUGUUAUUGUUGAUGUUGAUGAAAAUAAAGAAUUAAUGGAUGAACCAAUACCAUCACCAUAUUUAUCAUCAAGUGAUCUUAAUGAAUCAUUAUCAACAUCAAUUUCAUCACCAAUAUCAACAAUGGAUGAGAUUUCAAUAUCUCUUCCAUCUCCAAUUAUUUUAAAUAAUGUUCUAACAAAUAAUGAUAUUCAAGAACAACAACAACAACCACAACAAGAACAAAUACAAGCUGUUCAACAAUCAAAACCAAAUGAAAUUUUAACAAUUUCAGAACCUUAUCCAAUACCAUCACCUUCAUUAAAAAGACAAAUUACUCCAAUUCAAUUAACUCCUCCAAGAAAUAGAUCAAUUUCAAUUAAUAUAUGUUCAUCACCACAACAACCUUGUUCUCCAUUACCAUCUCAUCCAACUCCUCCAUCAAGAUCAACAUCAAUUGUAUCAAAUAUCAAUUUAAAAUCAAUCGAAUCAAUUAUAAAUGAAAGUUUAAUAAAUCAACAAAAACCAAUUGACAAUGAAUUAAAAUCAAAUAAAACAAUUAUUAAACCAAUUAUUAAUAUCGGUACUAUUAAUAAUAAUAAUAAUAAUAAUAAUAAUAAUAAUAAUAAUAAUAAUAAUAAUAAUAAUAAUAUUAACAAUAAUAACAAUACUUCUACUCCUACAACUACCACUACUACUAAUAGUAAUAAUAGUAAUAAUAAUCAUAGUGGUAGUAAAAAAGAAGAAAAUAAAUUAGGAAAAAUGAAAAAAAUUGAAAGAAUGUUAACCCCAUCUUCAUUAUCAUACUCUUACUCAUCACCAACAUUGCCAUCACCAAGAUUAUAUCCAGUUGUCCACCUCUAUCAUUAUCAAAUUACAUCAGCAACUUCAUCAUAUACACCAACACAAAAUAAUGCAAUUAGUUCAUCAUAUCCUUCAUUUAAAUAUUUAAAGAAUUUUGAUUAUGAUUAUUUAACAAUUGGUAAUAAUUAUAGAUAUUCAACAUUUAGUACAAGUGGUAGUUAUUUUACAAAUAAUAAUUCAAAUAAUUAUAAUAUUGGUUCAUCCUCAUCUUCAUCAGCAUCAAAUUAUAAUAGUAAAUUAUUAAGUAAUGCAUAUAAUUCAUUGGAAUCAUAUUUAAAAUCAUAUUUUGAUUUACAUUAUAACCUUUAUAAAAAACAAUAUCAACAACAAUUACAAACUAUUGAUUCAACAAAUACAAAUAAUAAUGGUAAUGCUAAUAAUGGUAAUAAUGGUUUUUAUUUACCAUCACCAUUACCAACACCAAGAAAUAUUCAACCAAUAAUCCCAAUUACUAAAGUUGAAAUUUAUGAAAAAUCAAUUAGUGAAGUAAUGAAUAGAUUAGUUGAGGUUUUCUUAAGAUUUAAUAGAAGAUAUGAAGAAUUAAUCUCAAUAAAUUCUUUAAACUCCUCAAAUAAUAAUAAUAAUAAUAAUAAUAAUAAUAAUAAUAAUAAUAAUAAUAAUAAUAAUACAAUCAACAAUAGUAAAAAUAAUAGUAAUGGUAGUGAAAGUAAUAAAAAAGAAAUUUCAAAACAAUUUAAUGAUGUUUUAAUUAAUGUUUCAGAAUAUAUUCAAGGUUUUAUUCCAUGUAAUUCAACAAUAAUUAAUAAUGGUAUUAUGGUUAGUUGUGAUAAUCCAAAAUCAAAUCAUGAAUUUCAUCAUACAAAAAGAAAUCAAAUGAUAAUUGAAAAACCAACUUCAUUUUUAUCAUGUUGGAGAUUUAAAAGACAACAAAAUCAAUUACAACAACAAAAAUUAAAACAACAACAACAACAACAACAGUCCAACUCAAAUAGUAAUACUAGUACUACAACUUCAAAUACAAGUUCAUCUACAAAUAAAAUUCAACAAAAUAAAUUUAAAGUACCAUUUACAGUUAGUUGGAGUGGUGAUUUUCAAUCAGUUAUAACAUUUACAGAUUUAUCAAGUUUCUUAAAUACAGAAUUAGAUAAAUUAUCAUUUAAUAUGAUUAACCAAUAUCUUGAUCAAGUAAAUAAUUGUGAUGGGAAAACUGAUAUAAUUAAUUCAACUAAAGUUUGUUUUGGUUGUUUAUUAUCAGUACCUUCAAUUGAAUGUUCACCAUGUGGUCAUGUAAUUUGUUCAUAUUGUUCAAUUGAACAAAAUGGUAAUUGUACAAUUUGUCCAAAAGAUUUAACUGGUGUAAAUGCUAUAAAAAAUAAUAGUAAUUUAAAUUAUUAUCAUAAUAAUAAUAAUAAUAAUAAUAAUACUUAUUAUAAUAAUAUUAAUAAUAAUAAUAAUAUUAAUAACAAUAACAAUAGUUUAAAACCAUCUAUGGGAAUAAGAGUACUAUCAUUAGAUGGAUGCAAUAAUAUUGACACUUUAAAUAGUAUCAAUAAUAAUAAUAAUAUAAAUAAUAAUUGUACCAUUAAUAAUAAUAAUAAUAUUAAUAAUAAUAAUAAUAAUAUUAAUAAUAAUAAUAAUAAUAAUUUAAAUAAUAAUAAUAAUAAUAGUAAUAAUAAUUUAAAUAACAAUAAUAAUAAUAAUUUAAAUAAUAAUAAUAAUUGUAAUAUUAGUAGUAAUUUUGGAUUUAGUAAAAGUGGUAUAGUUCAAUGUUGUAUUUUAGACGAAAUUGAAAAACAACUUUAUGGGAUACCAAUUAGUGAAUUAUUUGAUUAUGUUAUUGGAUCAUCAAGUGGUGGUAUAACUUUGUUAGCAUUGGCCGCUAAUAAAACACCAAAUCAAACAAUUGAUCUAUUUGAAAAACUAUCAAGAAAAGUAUUUAAAUCAAAUAGUCCAAUUAAAAUUAAUAAUUAUCUAUUUUCAAAAAAGAAUAAAUAUAAAUCUGAUAAAUUUACAAAAGUAUUACAACAUGAAUUUAAUAAUUCUCAUAUUCAUAGAUACUCAUUAAAUAAUAAUCAAAUUAAUAAUCAAAAUAAUCAAAUUAAUCAAAAUAAUAAUCAUAAUAAUAAUAAUCAUUAUCAUCAUGUUCAUAAUUUUCUUCAUAAUAAUAAUCAUAACAAUAAUAAUAAUAAUAAUAAUAAUAAUAAUAUUUUUAUAAAUUCAAAUAUUAAAGUUGCAGUGGUAUCAUGUUUAGAAGAAAAUAUAAUUAAAACUACAAAUGUUGUUGGUGGUGUUAACAAUUCAAAUAAUCGAUCAUCAAUUAAAUUAACACCAUGUAUAUUUUCAAUUGGUUCAAAUUAUAAUAAAAUUCCAACAGUUGAUGGAAUAAAAGAAAUUAAAAAUUCAUCAAUAUCAGAUGCUGCCGCUGCAACUACUGCAAUACCAACUUUAUUUCCAUCAUAUAAAUUUGGAAAUGAGAAAUUUAGAGAUGGUGGUAAUUUAACAAAUAAUCCAUGUAAAUUAGCAUUAGAAGAGAUUAAAACAAUUUGGCCACAUAAUAAUAUUGAUUUAUUUUCAUCAAUUGGUAGUAGUAAUAAUACACUUUUAAAUAAUAUUAAUAAUAUUAAUAAUAAUAACAGUAAUAAUAAUAUUAUUGAUAAUAAUAAUAAUAAUAAUUUUGAUAAUUGUGGUGAUUUAUUUAAUGAAAUGGUAAAUUCAUAUCAAAAUAAUAAUAAAUCAACAACAUUAUUUAAUAGAUUAAAUGUUGAAUUGAAACCACAAACAAUAUUAGCAAGUUCAAUUAUUGAUGAAAAUUUAAAAUCAUUAUUAAAGAGUGAUGUUAGAUCAUAUUUAUUAAAUAAUCAAUUAUUUAAUUCGAUGUGUAGUAGACUAUUAUCAUCUCUAUUUUAUUUAGAUGAUUUAUAUUUAGAUAAUACUAGUAUCACUGGUAUAAAUCAAAUUAGUGGUGUUAUUAAAUGUAGAUUAACAACAAAUAAAAAUUUACCAACUCAAAUUGUAAAUCAAUUAAAUGUUAAAAGUUUCACCGUUGGUCAAGGUGGUGAUGACCUUGAAUUAUUAGAGGUCAAUAUGUUACCCUUUUCAAUUCCAUUCAAAAUUACAACUUCAAAUAAUGAAAUCGAUAUAAAAUGUAAUUUGGUUGGUUUAAAUGGAAAAUCAGGUUCAAAUAAUACCUCAAUUUCAGGUUGUCCUUUUAAUUUAUUAAAUAAUAAAUUAUAUUUUAAAUAA